AUGGCGUCGUCGCCGGCGAGGAAGUCUCCCAGCGAUACCGCGUCCACCCAGGACUUGGCCGAUGCCUCGCCCAAACCACGCAUCGCCUCGGGCACCCUGCCACCCCAGGCAGCCCAAGCCCCAGAGUUCAUCCCAGGUGACCGAAAGACGUCAGAUGUCAGCUCCGAGAGAGAGGAGGCCGCCGAGAAGAAGAAGAGAAGCAGGACGCAUAGGAAGCGCCCGAAGGCAGAGAGUGAGGCCGAAAAGCAGGCGCUGAAGAAGAGAGCGAUGGACGAGGAGUGGUGGUCUGGGGAUGAUGUUUUUGUACCUGAUAUGCAGGGCAGCGAGGACGUUGUUUGGAGCGACGAUCAGAACUGA